AUGCAACAGCCGUUACCAAAGUGUCGAGAGGAAUUGAAAGACCCUUCAAGACUUGUAGCACAGGGUCCCAUUAAAACGAGCAAACAAGUGAAUUUCAACACCCAAAAAUCCAAUGAUGGCGUGAAAAAUCGAAAACGAUUACUGGAAGACGAGCCAUUGUCUUCAAAGAAAACAUUUUCAGAUUCCGAUAAGCUUGAAAAUACUUCAGAGUCGGUGGAUUCACUGAAUCAAGGUAGUGAAGACAGUGAUGCCGCAAGUGGUACAGGUGGAGAUGACUUGAGUUUAGACAUGGUAGGUUCUUCCUGUGAUCCAAAACGAACUCGUACUGCUUACACCAGACAGCAAAUACUAGAACUUGAAAAGGAAUUUCAUUAUAACAAAUACCUAACAAGGAAACGGCGCCUUGAAAUCGCGCACACACUUAACCUUUCUGAAAGACAGAUAAAGAUAUGGUUUCAGAAUCGCAGAAUGAAAUGGAAGAAGGAACAUUGUCUGCCUGGAAACAAACAGCGACUCUCAGAGCCACCGAUUCUCACUAUUCCGAGUCAAACCUUUCCUAUGCGCAACCAGGAGUCUAUGCAAUUUUGCUCAAAUCGUCAUGGUUUUGAUGUGAGUGCAGUCAAUGGGGAUCCGAUGAUGACAACCCGAUUCUUACCCUUUUUUCCAAAGUAUCUCUCUCCAACUCCUAGUGCAGUCAAGACCACGGGAAUGACGCCACUUUCAGCCCCACCGAAAAGGUUUUACGACGAGGAAGGUGGAUUUGAUACAGUAUGGUUCAAUGAUAGAUGUUAUCAGCAGUCCUCACCUCAACCCGGUUUUAAUUAUCCAACAACUUCUACGCAAUCAACUCCUCCUCCACCUCCGCCACCAUCUUCCAAUAACCCAUUUUCUAACACUCUUGCUGUGGCCCCAACAGAUUUCUACUCGGGCCUCCUGACAAGCACUUGGACGUCUAAAGCUCCUUCGCAACAGCAACAACAAAUCCGGCACACUGUCAACCCAUCUUACGACGGGGAGUAUGUAAACAGCAGUAAUAACAACAGCAGCUCACCCUUUUGCAUUGCAGCUCACAAACCUUCCAACUUUCCCUCGGAUGAUGAACUAGCAAUAUCAGGCAGGAAUGCAGGAAGUGAGAUCGAAAUUCCGAACAUGGCGUCAGCAGGAAGGAUAGAAAAGGAAUGUCGAAUCGAGAAAUAG